GGGACAGAGGGCAGCAAACCCACGUCCUCACCCUCUCCUCCCCUUUCCCUGCCAGGUUUGCACGUCUUCGCCAUCGCCUUCGCCUUGGAGGUGUCGGUGGGCAAGACCAACACUGUGAUGGCUCUGAAUAACUCCAAUGUCCUGCUGCCCUGCGUCUUCACCACCUGCAUGGGCUUCCAGGACCUGGUCUUCACGUGGUAUUUCAACUCGACAGAGUUGAUUUACCACGGCAGGAUAAAGAACAAGGCCACAGAGCCCACCGUCGUGUCACGCAACCCACGCGUCGAUUUCGUCGGCUCCACGACCAAGAAGGACAACAACAUCUCCAUCGUCCUGAACAACGUGGAGUUCAGUGAUGCUGGGAAAUACACCUGCCACGUCAGGAACCCCAUGGAGAAGAAUGCUCAGCACAAUGCCACCAUCAUCCUCAAUGUGGUCCAUAAGAUGGUGGAGACAGACAACACUGUGACACUCAUCAUUGUGGGCGUUUUGGGGGGGCUCUUUGGCCUCCUCAUCCUCUUCAUGCUCAUCAAGAGGGUUGUCCUGUUCAUCAUCAAGAAGACCCAGGAUAGGAAGAAGGAAUGUCUCGUGAGCUCGUCGGGGAAUGACAACACCGAGAACGGCUUGGCAGGCUCCAAGGCGGAA